UAGGCUUUACUUUACACAUCAACGAACCUAAACGGAUGGGUAUUUUCUGUCUCUCUCUAAAUGUAGCUAGUGUUUGUCGUAGGCUAUUGUUUUAGCUAGGUCUGUUCGAUGCUCUGGGAUGAUUUGAUCCUGUUGUGUUUUGUCGUUGCUUGUCAGACGAUGGCGGAUGAUACGGAGGAUGUUGAGCUGGACUUUGCUGCUGACGAGCAGGAGAAGGCGCGGAGAAGCGCAGUCAUAAGACACCCCCUCGCCUCCUUUUUUCACCUGUUCUUCCGGGUGGUUGCCAUUGUCACCUAUUUGCUCUGUGACUGGAUCAGCGAGAACUUUGCAUCGUGCUUUGUCCUGAUCAUCACUCUGCUCUCCUUUGACUUCUGGUCUGUCAAGAAUGUGACUGGCAGGCUGUUGGUGGGCCUACGCUGGUGGAAUCAGAUCGACGAGGAUGGAAAGAGCCUCUGGGUGUUUGAAGCCAAAAAAGCCUCCCGGGGCAAAAACACUGGGACAGAGGCAGAGGCAAGGAUAUUUUGGCUGGGACUCAUCGUCUGUCCUCUCAUAUGGACAUUCUUCUUCUUCACCUCCCUCUUCUCCCUGAAGAUUAAAUGGCUGUCACUUGUGGUCGCUAGUAUUUCCCUCCAAGUGGCUAAUCUCUAUGGUUACCUACGCUGCAAGGCAGUGGGAGAGGAUGGCCAGCCUGCAGACACCCGCUCUUUCACGGGACAGCACCUCCUGCAGCGUCCAGACAUAAUCUUUGGAAUACUAUGAAGAUUACCUCCUUCUGUACAGCCAUUCUGCUGUGUGUGUGUGUGUGUGUGUGUGUGUGUGUGUGUGUGUGUGUGUGUGUGUG